CUAGUUUUUCAACCUCUCCACACAUUUCUUGUUAACUUCUUUGGGCUGGGGACAGUAUUGAGUAGCUUGGAUGAAUAAGGUGCCCAGAGUAAACUGUCUGCUACUCAGGCCCAGUUGGUAAUAUAUGCAUAAUAUUAGUAUAUUUGGAUAGAAAACACUCUGAAGUUUGUUAAACCGUUUGAAUGAUGUCUGUGAGUAGAACUGUGAAGUGGGGGCGAUUGAGAGGGGAAGGAGUCAGAGGUCUGCCAGAGAGCCAGAAGCUGGUGACUCGCGUUCACGUGGGAGUUAGCUUGAGUUCCAUUGCAUUUCUGAAGACCAAGGAAUUCUCUGGUUGGAACAUUAUUGAAGAUUUAUGUUAAAAACAUCCUACAGAUUGAUUCUAUACAUCGUUUGACAUGUUUCUAUGGACUGUAACAGAACUUUUUGACUUUUCGUCUGCUCCUAGUGAUCGCGCGUCAUGAAUUUGGAAUACUGGGCUAAACGCGCAAACAAAAAGGAGGUAUUUGGACAUAAAUAAUGGACAUUAUUGAACAAAACAAACAUUUAUUGUGGAACUGGGAUUCCUGGGAGUGCCUUCUGAUGAAGAUCAUCAAAGGGCCCAUGACUGCCGUGUCAGUAAUGAUCGUGGAGCGCACGGCAUGGAGAGGAAUAUUGGAGACCAGCUCAACAAGGCAUUUGAAGCUUACCGCCAGGCCUCUAUCGAGCGAGACAGCGCCAAAAGGGAACUACAGAAGACGAAUGAAUAUUAUCAACGGCACACUCAGACACUUCAGAAACAGAUAGAAGACCAGCAGCAGUUGAUUUCAAAACUCAAAGUUCAGUUGAUAGCAGCAACUAAGCAACCUUCAGGAGAGGUGAAAGGUGAGGCUGUUCCUAGAAAACAGGAAGAGGAAACCCUAUCUCCUUCCAACCAUCUCUUUGACAACCCAAGCAGCUCCUUCCGGAAGAUUCAUUACUUGGAAGGGAACAUGGAAACUGCAAUGAUUGUGUCACCUUCACCACACACAGCACCUGUAAACAACAGUUUUGAGAAAAAAGAUGUUUUUGAGGCGUUUCAAGCUCUUCAGGGGAAAUUCCAGCAGAUACAGACAUUAACCCGGAGACAAAAAGAUCACCUGAAAAAAAUCUCCAAAGGAAAUUACAUGGCAAAUGAGCAGCAGUUCUCCAUGCCCAUUCAGUGUACAGACGUGACUGCGGAGCAGGCGGAAAGGCCCUUCCCCUCAGCCCCUCGGCCAGUGGUCAUCCUCCAGCACCCGCCCACGUCCCUGGCAUCCCGUGGUGCCAGCCAAGAGGACAGAGACCUAGUGGACUCCCUCACCAGACUCAGCGUCAAGUUCCCCCCCUCCACAGACAGUGAAUAUGAGUUCCUGAACAGCGCUCCAGAGAAACACUUUGACCUGUCUAUGCCAAAGCAACGGGCAGCAGUCAGCAGUAUCCCUGCCGUCAUAGAGGAAUCGUCUAUGGAGCUGGCCAUCCCGUUCCUGUAUCCUACGUCUCCCUCUCACCCCACCUCCCCCUCCACCUCACUCUCACACGAGAGUGUGCGUGGACCCCUGCAGCCUCUGUGGAGCCCUGAGCUUUGUGAUGCAGCAGCAGCACAGGCCGUGAGUGCGAAGCCACAACAACAGAUCAACAACAGCCCUGAUAUCUGUGCCUACUGCAACGCGGAAGUUCCCCAAGACCAUAUGAAAAGCCACCUUUUCACUCAUUGCCAGAGGGAGAGUGAAGCCAGCAAUUGACACUAGCAGACAGUGGCUGCCCAAUGAAACACCUCUAGGCUUAAUUCAUGGUUUAUUCAUGUCUUUGUUGCUACGCCAUGAAUUACACGAGCUGGGCUGGAUGUCACAUGACACUGGCGUUGGCAACGGGACUAGAAUCCACUCUUGAUCAUAUAUUUAAUUUGUAAGAGUUGAAUGGUACAUUUUACGGUCGUCGUCUUAAGAUAUUACUUUGAAAUUGUACAUAUCUAGGCCUAUGAAAUGAUAUUGUACAGUAUGUAGGUUUAAGUAUAAUAAAGCAAUAAUUUAAUCUUGA